AUGAAUACGGAAGAAACCGCAAUUGCCAAUCACAAUGUUGUUCAGGUUUGUGAUUCUCAAUUGGAUUAUCGCAAUAUAGUAACAGAGAAAACUACCGAACAACAGAAUACAUCCUAUAAAUCGUGUUGUCAAAAUAGAAAAGUUCUAUUUGUCCUGUUAUCGGUAGUUGUUAUCUCAAGUCUAAUCGUAAGUAUUCUUAUUCCAACAGUUAUCCUUAAAAAGAAGCAAACUCAAUCAUCAUCAAUAACAACAACAGCAACAUCUAUUACAGUCUCGCAAUUAACAACAGCAGCAGAAGUAUCAUCUAUUCCAAUAACAAACACUACUACGAAACCAGAUAAAAUACUACUCAAUGCUGUUAAUGGCAAAGUCUAUGGUGUAUGGAAUACAUCUGUGGGCGAUGAUAGUAAGGCAUCAAAACCUGGUAAUCAUUGGAGUGGACAAUAUUUACCAGAGGAAUCUCCAGAGAAAGCAUGUGAUGGCGAUAUUGAUACUAAGUAUAAUAGUUUUGGAUGGUGCAAUGAAGGAGGACGUUUUUCAAACUGUGCUAUAAAUACUGGCUUCUAUCUUGAAUUAGAACAGGGCCCAACAAUAGUCAAUGGAUUGCGACUUUGGACAGGAAAUGAUUUUGCACCACGCGACCCAAUUGUUGUCUCGUUAGAAGGCAGUAAUCAAUCAGAAGAUGAUCUCAUUCUUGGUAGCAGUUGGACUCUACUUUAUAAUGGUAGUAGUGGGCUUGAUAUAGAUCCUGGUCGAAAACAGUGCGGUCUAAUGCAGUAUUUGAAUAAUACAAUCGAAUACAAAAGCUAUCGUUUUCUAGUCCUUCAUUCACGAGCCCCAGUAGACUGUGUUCAAUUUUCUGAAAUAGAACUGUUCAGUUUUUCAUCGUGA